AUGGCCCCCCAGAAGCCCCUCCGCACCGCAAUAAUCGGCCUCUCGGCCAGCGCCUCCUCCUCCUGGGCCGCCGUCGCGCACCUCCCCAACAUCCUCAGUCCGACCGGCCAAACCCUCUUCACCCUAACCGCGCUCCUCAACUCCUCCCCCACCGCCAGCAAAGCCGCCAUCCAGAAAUUCUCCCUCCCCCAAGACACAACGCACCCCAUCUCCUCGCCCGCCCACCUCGCCGCCGACCCCACAAUCUCCCUCGUCAUAACCAACACCCGCGUCGACAACCACCACGCCACGACCCUCGCCAGCAUCCGCGCAGGCAAGGACGCCUACAUCGAAUGGCCCAUCGCGUCCACGCCCGACCACAUCGACGACCUCGUCCGCGCGGCCCGCGAGUCCGGUGCCCGCGUCGCAAUAGGGCUGCAAGCGCGGUGGGCGCCUCCCGUGCGCGCGCUGCGGGACGUCGUGGAGUCCGAGAGGUUCGGCAAGUGGACGAGCAGCCGGUUCGUGGCGUAUAGUAAUGGCACGGAGGUGUCGGAGGGGUUGAAGUACUUUACGGAGAGGAAGGUCGGUGGGAACUUUGUCACGAUUUUGGGGGGGCACUCGGUGGAUAUGGUACAAUCCGUAAUAGGAGACUUCGCCCCGGACGCAGACGCCCACCUCUCCAACCUCUACCCAACCGUCACCGUCCGAAACAACGACGGCAGCACCUCAACCAUCCAAAAAGACGUCCCGGACAUCUUCGUCGUGCAAGGCCACGUCUCCAACGCCCCGCACGCCGCCCCCAACGCCAUCUCCACAUUCCAGCUCCUCCAGCCCUCCCCUUUCCCCGGAACCCCAAAGCUCGAAUGGGUGAUUUCCUUCGAGCGCGGAGAGGUGCGGCUCGUGUCGCAGGACAGCCUUGCCCUCGGCACCGGGACGCCGUACGUGGAGGGCGCGACGCAGCCGACGAUUCAGACGCAUGACUUUGAGACCGGGGAGGUCGGGAAGGUUCCGUGGGAGUGGAGCGCGGAGGAGAAGGAGGUCGGGGUUAGGGCGAGGUCUGUGGGGAGGAGUUUGAGGGCGUUUGCGAGGGGAGAGAAGGAGGGGGACGGGUGGGUGGGGAUUGAGGAGGCGGCGGGGAGGGCGAGGCAGGUUGAGGGGUGGUUGGUUAAGGCGGGGUUUUAA